AAAACAGAUGGCCCCCAGCCGCUAGCAGCUCCCGACAGUUGCCGAUCUGUGGGGCAUGCGGGGGGCAUUUGUUCGCGGCAGUUCGGUGCACCGGCGGAUCGAACUCGUGCCCCCCCUCGGGGUCCACCCGCCAUUUGGCGGAUCCCGAGAAGCGCACCACGCCAGGCUGCUGCCGCUGAUGCUGGAGCGCUUCCUGCGGCCGGGCGGCCGGUGGCUGCUGUCACUGGCCAUCCGCGACGGCCCCAUGAUGGCCGACAUGCUGCGGCAUCUGCACCGCUCCGGCGUGCUGGGCACGGCGCUCCCCGCGGAGGACCCCUGCCCGAUCUCCUGGGAGACCGCCUGCGUGCCCGAGCGGUGCGGCUUCUGCGGCGGCGGGCGCGGCCGCCCGGGCCCUCCCGGGGGCCCGACGCUGGCGGAGCUCUGCGCGCUGGUCGAGGCCCACGAGGGCGGCGCCGUGCUUCUGGAGGGGCGGCGCCCACUGGAGCCGCACGGGCGGGAAAAGUAAGGUCAGGGCAGCCGAGCGGUGGAGCAGGCCCCCUCUUCGUGGAAGCCCGUCGGCGGGAUCGGCCAUUCGGCACCCUCCCCCCGGGAUCGUGGCACGUGGCGUGGUGGAGCGAGGAGGUCGAACAUCAUGUCCAGAGUCGAAGAGAAGGCUCGGACCAACAUACAGAGAGGCCUGCGCCUCGUGUUCUGCCUCUGUACCCCCGGGCCGCUCAGCCACGAAUUGGUUUUGCUCCUCUGUUGACUCUCGCAAGCGUCUGGAACAACUCAGGAGGGACAUAUCACACAUAUGUGGGAAGUGGAUGGGGA